AAAAUAACGAAAGCAUAGUGUAUUUUAUCGAGGUUGGUUCAAGAAAAUCUCUGAAGCUAUUGUUUUUUCCCAUCAAUAUUCUUAUGAUCUAUUUCUGUUUUUUUUUGAGGUUUUUCAAUUUUCAAAAAUGUCCUGCUUCAACAUAGGCGAAGACCUUCACGAUAGGACAAUAAUCUCAUCAAGCAACGAUACUGAAUGUUUACUGAUACCAAGAUUCUGGCUAUUGGAAAAAAAUAAAAAAUUAUGGCAUAGAAUGAGAUUCUUUUACGAACAUAAUGUACCGUCUAAAGAAGAAGUAGAAAAACGUUUUUACAAAAGGAAAGAUUUCAGUAGACAUGGCAAGCAGUUAGUGGAAAAAGUUCUGAAGCAAUCUAAAAAAUCGCAGUACAAUCAAUUUUUUAACAUACCGAUAUCCUUAAGAUUCAAUCAGAAAGGAAUAAACAAUGAAUGAAGAUGAAAACAUUAAAUUAAAGUGAUUAGUGGUGUUGGUUUGUUGUAAGUCAUAAGAGUAGGUAGUGGUAAAUUAGUGUUUGUAUUGUGGUUUCCUCUGUAGAUAUAUUUGAGUUGUUCUUUUAACUUUAGACAAUAAUUCGAAAUUGGAUACUGAAAUGAAAGCCUAUUACGUGACUACGUGCAUUAGUUGGCUGUGGACUUAGCCUUGGCACAGUUAGAGUGACGACAAUACGCUCAGUUUGAGCCUAAAAAUGGCGAAUGGGGCGGGGCUUAACCAUAGCACAUUUCAAAUAAGAGAUUCUGUGCAUCUUAAUUUCAAAUCAAAAUUGACUUUUGACCUAUUACCUAUUUAUAAUUAAUAAACUUUUUGUGUCAUGUAGGUAUUAUUUUCCGCGAUUUUAGAGAAGAUUUUAGGGAUUUUGAUAUAUUGAGAAUAGGUACCUCCUAACAUGAGCUACGAUGGAUCGAAGAAAGAAUAUGUCUUUGCUAGCGGCAGCUGCAAAAGCGAAAAGAGCCAGAUUGGCCAGGUUGCACUUCAGGGCUGCUGUUCGAUUGGCAUACCAAAAUCAUUAUUGGUUGGAGGACACUGAGGGCGAACAGCUUGGUAUGAAUGUGGCAAAAAACAUUCAAAUAUUGACCAGGAAAAAACCGAAGGGACAAUUCUCCUUGACGGAAAAAGCAAUGAUGAAAGUUUCCCAAGAAAAAAGGACCGAUGCCGAAAAACAGCAUCUUCGUAGGGUGCUAGGAACCAUGAAAUGUUUCAGAAAAUACCCUUCAGAGGUGAAGAAAGACCUGGCUGCUAUAACCUAUUAUGCCGAAUACGACGCCGAUCGAAUGAUAGUGAGACAAGGAGACGAAGCUCUGGCCUUGUAUUUCGUUAUUUCUGGUACUGCCAGGGUGCUGAAAUCUAAAUACGAUCCACUGAUCGAAAAAAUUACACAAGUUGCCCUGAAGGAUAAAGAGCCAGGAGAUAUGUUCGGUGAACUGGCGCUUUUGAUUGGUGCAAAAAGGAGCGCUUCAAUCAUAACGAACGAGCGUUCGGAAUUCCUGCUGGUGAAACGCGACGACUUCGACAGAGUGCUCAGAGACACGGUGCUGAAGGAAUGGAACGAAAUCAAGAAGUCCAUCAACAAGUUCGAAUAUUUCAAGAUGUGGGACGACCGCUACAUCCAGCAGAGUUGCAUGGUGUCCAAAAUGCGCUACUACGAGGAGCACGCUCUCAUACUGAGUCAAGACCACGGCGACAAGAGGUACGUCUACUUCUUGAUAGACGGCGCCGUUGACCUUCUGGAAUGCGUGGAGAUGAAGGUGACCACGUUCAAAAACAAGAAGACCUACUCUCUGUUCAACCAGUUCGAAAUGGCUCCCUUGCAGAGGGGUAGGUCCUUGACUGUCGACCUGGGGAAGUUUGUGAAGACUAAAUUGGACGUGGACAAGUCGAUGUCUGAUAUAAAGCUGAGACAAAAUCAUUCGUUCGGCUCCAGCGAGCUGGAGAAUUUGUCUAAGAGCCUGUUGAAAAUGCCCUAUUUAGAUAUGGAUGGGACCAAGAAGCAAAACAAAAGACGUAGGAGGCAGAUUAGGAAGCUCUCUUAUGCUCGUGUUUUAAACGAACUCACUCCAGCUCAACGAGUUAACUAUGUCAAACAAUUUGAAAGUCGAGUAUCAAGAGUUACUUGCGCUAGAGAAGUUCCUGUUACAAGUUUAGAAACGCAUUUCAUAAGGGUGGCCAAAAUGAGUCUACUCGCUUCUUUCAACAUUGGUGAGCACUUGGAUUCGAGGUAUUACGUUUCUAGAACGAAAGUAAAACUACUGGCAAUACCUAGUUAUUGGCUGUUCUCAAGGGACAAACCCACCUGGAAUAACAUCUCUAUCUUCCUGAGGAAUCGUCUUCCUACCAGACAGCAACUAUUCGACGAAUUUGCAAAGAAACGAGGCUGGUUGGAUUAUAGAAAGGAGUGCUAUUAUGACAUAGCUGGCCAAUCGCAGAAAUCGAACAUAAAUUCUAUAAACAACGUACCAUUGAGCAUUCGUCUCAACGAGGACUUAGAUUAUUACGUGUGCCGCAAGCCGUUUGUCAAGAGGACGGCAUCUUCGAUCAGGGAUGACCCAAUAAGGGAGAAUAGAAAGGGUAGAUAGGGUUUGAUAAAUUAGUGUUGUUAAUAAACCGUAUUAAACUGAUGA